AUGUGUGAAUGGUACCAUUUUGUUAUAAAAAAACUACUUAUCAUCGCUGGCAUUGAAACCAAUCCAGGACCAAGAAAGAAAAGACAAUCAAUCACCAAGAGACCUUAUAAUAACAAGAAGAAAAUACUAGAACGUUCAAAGACAAAUGAUAACAAAAAUGGAGAAGAAAAUACAGUCAAACACAAUGUCCAGAAAAGAAAACAAAAUGAUGCAGAUUCUUGCAUCUUAGAUAAACCAACAAAAAAAUUGAAAACUAACCAUGAAGAAAAACAAACUGGAAGCAUUUUUCGUAACAAAAAUGACAAAAUUAACGAAGAACAACAAAAUGAAAAAAGUGAGAAGAACAUACAUAAAAGAAAUGCUCCAUCUAGAAACAUUAGCCUAAAGGCAUGUGGAAAAAGCAAGCCAAAUACAGAAAAUCAAAAUGAUUUGCAAAAUACACAUGAAGUAAACGCAAUAGAAACUCCAUCUAGAAACACUCGGAAAAACAAACCCAAAGAAAGCAAAGCAGAAACACCAGCUGAAAACAUUGUGCAAGAGACAUAUAAAAGAAAUACAAACUAUAAGCACUGUGCAGAUACUGUGCUUAAUAUAUCUCAAUCUGGCUCUAAAAGCAUUGAUGGCAAGGAAUACAUUUGUCACACAUGUGACAAAGCCAUACGAUCAGGCAGAAUUCCUUCACAAUCUGUCGGAAACGAACUCCACUUAGAAGAUAUACCAGAGGAUCUGCAAGAACUUUCUCCUCUAGAAGAAAGAAUGAUAUCCAAGAGACUUCCAUUCAUGCAAAUUGUAAAUCUACCUCGCGGAGGACAAAAAGGAAUUAAGGGCUCUGUUGUCAAUGUUCCCUCAAACAUAUCUACCAUAACGUCAAUUCUUCCUAGACUACCAUCUAACUGUGGACUUGUUCCAGUGAAACUUAAACGAAAGUUAAAAUAUAAAGGUCAUUCAAUGUACCAAUCUAUACGACCAGAAAAUGUUUUCAGAGCAUUAAAAUACCUAAAGAAUGCCAACCAUAACUAUGAAGAUAUUAAAGUAGAUGAUGAAUGGAUCCAACAUUGUAAAGAUGAAAAUGAAGAAUUAUACAAACAAAUAUUUGAAUGUGUACCACAGUGGGAAAACGAUUAUCUGUCAGAUGAGAGUGACAACAACGAAAUCUCAAAUCUUGAUGCAAAAAACAAAAAAAUAGAUAGUUCACAGGCACAACAUGAUAAAGAAUAUGACAAUGUUAAUACAUCUAAAAAAAAUGAGGAACAUGAACAAAGCACUGACGAGGACGAAGAAAAUGACAGUUUAAGAGGACUUCCAUUCAAUACCUGUUUACAGCCUCGAAAUGACCCAAUUCUCGAAAAAAAUCAAGACAUUUUCAAUAUUGCACCGGGAGAAGGUCAAAUUCCAAUUGACAUGAUAUCUGACAAAAACAGUGAAAUACUUGCUUUUCCUAGAGAAUUUCCAUCUGGCAAAUUUGGACUUCAUUCAAAUCGUCCAACCAAAAUAUACCCUAAAAGAUAUUUCAAUCAAAGAUUAUUGAACAAAGAUAACAGAUUUGCUUCUAAUAUUGAGUACAUUUUCUUUGCUCAAUAUUACACAGAGGUAAAACAAAUAAGAGACAACAUAUCAAUUGCAUUAAGAAAAGGGUCAAGUAACAAAGAACAGAAAACAGCUGGGAAACUAAAAAAUCCAGAGAAUAUAAAAAAAAUAUUGAAUCAAAAUGAAGGCUUUUCUUUUCUUCAGUCAGUUAGAGGAAGUUACCCUUACUGGUGCAAAACCCUCCAUGAUUUAUUUGCCAUGGUAAGACAGCUCGAUAUUCCAACCUUUUUUUGCACUUUUAGUGCAGCUGAUCUGAGAUGGCCUGAAACAAUACAAAUUGUAGCAGAACAAUAUGGACACUCCUUUUCGACACAAGAUGUUAAAAAUAUGAGUUGGCAAGAAAGGUGUUUUUGGAUAAGAACAAAUCCCGUUACAGUUGCACGCCAGUUUGAACAUAGAACAAAUUUAUUUAUAAAUGAUGUCAUAAGAUCUGAAGCAGCUCCCAUUGGGAAAGUACAAGAUUUUUUCAUCAGAGUAGAAUUCCAACAGAGAGGAUCUCCACACAUACACUGUCUCUUUUGGAUAGAUAAUGCUCCAAAAAUCGAUAAGAACACAGAAGAAGAAGUCUGUUCAUUCAUCAAUAAGUAUAUUUCAUGUAAAUUAGAUCAUGAAAAUGAAUAUGUCGACUUGCAAAAGCAUUGUCAUUCCUCAAGCUGCAAGAAAAAAGAUGCAACCUGUCGAUUCAGUUUUCCACGUCCCCCAUCAUCUAAGACCUUAAUUGCCAAAAAACCAAACUCCAACACCAACAAGAUUACAGAGCUUACUAAAAGAAAAGAAGCUAAUAAGAGUAUUUUAAGUCGAGUAUACGCAAUACUGCAAACAAAUCCAAAUUUGACAUUCAAUGAAUUACUAACUAAAUCAGAAGUAACAGAAAAUUGUUACUUACAAGCACUUAGGGAGACUUCAUCCAAAAUAACCAUCAUUCUAGAGAGAAAUCCAUCAGAAUGUUUUAUAAAUAAUUACAAUCCAGAUUUGUUAUCAAUAUGGAAGGCAAACAUGGAUAUUCAAUAUGUUACCGAUCCGUGGGCCUGUGCAAUGUAUAUACUAAGUUAUAUAAGCAAAGGAGAAAGAGAGAUGGGGCGUCUGCUUAAAGAAGCUUCCAAAGAAUCUGAAAACAACGAUGAUAUUAGACACCAACUUAAGAAAUUAGGCAACGUAUUUUUAACACAUCGUGAGGUAUCUGCACAAGAAGCUGUUUAUCGUGUUCUUUCUAUGCCUUUGAAAAAAACAUCUAGACAAGUAGUUUUUAUCAAUACGAGUAUUCCAAAUGAAAGAAUUCAUAUCUUAAAGUCUAAAGUUCAGUUGGAACAAUUAGAUGUGGACAGCGAUGACGUGUUCCAGAAAGGUCUUUUAGAAAGAUAUGCUGCAAGACCACUUAGUCUCGAAAAUAUGACUCUUUCUGACUUUGGAUCAAUGUAUCAAACUAAAUAUACACCAGCAAACAAUGAAGAAGACAUAUCAGAGGAAAAUGAAGAACAAUCAGAAAAACAAUCAAAAACAAUAACACUACUUAAUGCAAUGGGAACAAUGAGAAAAAGAAAAAAGAGAGCAAUAAUUAGGUAUCCAAGAUUUUCAAAACAAAAGCACCCAGAAAAAUUUUUUCAUAGUGUACUAAUGUUGUAUGUUCCUUGGCGAAACGAAGAAGAUGACUUGCUCAAGCCAUAUAGAAGCUAUGAAGAUCAUUUUACACAAAAGCAAGAUGAAAUUAUUCGAAACAUAGAAUUAUUUGAAAAGGAAAGUGGACUACUGGAUUCUGCAUUACAAAUUUUACGUUGUGAAGAUUUACGACCCAGCGAAUGGGAUAAAUUAGCAUCGACAACAGAGCAAGAACAGUCAGAUUGUAAAGAAGAGGGAACAGAAUUUGAUGAUUUGGCAUUUAAUGCAUUAAAUCUUAGAAAAUCACCAAAAACAAGAGAAAUUCCAAAACCUUUCCACCUUUUUGUUACCGGAGGAGCUGGGACAGGAAAAAGUCAUUUAAUUAAUGCAAUUGUAAACAUGGCAAAAAGAGAAUUACAAACGCUCUGUGACGACAAUCCAGAAGGAACAACAGUUUUACUUAUGGCUCCGACAGGUUGUGCAGCAAAAAAUAUAAAGGGAAACACCAUACACAGUGCUCUCAGUAUCCCUGUCAGUAACAGAAAGAAUUCAGUUCUUCUUCCCCUUUCAGCCAAUAAGCUUGCUACAAUGCGCUUUUUUUUACAACAUUUGAAAAUAAUCAUUAUUGACGAAAUUUCGAUGGUUGGCUAUUCAUUGUUAAAUGACAUUCACCUCCGUCUUCAAGACAUAAUGGGAACAGAUUCUACAACGUAUUUUGGAGGAGUAAGUGUUCUGGCUGUGGGAGACUUUUAUCAACUUCAGCCAGUGGGCUGUAAACAUAUUUUUGCUUCACCGUCAAAUGCGUUUAGCAAACUUUCCUUACAUCUUUGGAAAGAUUUAUUUAAAUUUGGAGAAAUUACUGAGAUCAUGAGACAAAAAUCAGAUAUUUCCUUUGCAAACAUCUUAAAUCGAAUUAGAUUAGGUAACAUCAAAGAUGAUGAUUUGAAUGAAUUACAAAAACAUGUCCUUUCUCCAGAUGUCGAUUAUUAUCCUAGAGAUGCACUUCAUGUUUUCCCUCUUAACAGACAGGUAGAUGAACAUAAUUUAUCUAUGCUACAAAAUCUUAACCAACCAAUCCAUUUCUUACACGCAAAAGGCCCACAAAAGGAUGUUACAACGGGUAGAAUUAAUGUGACUGAAAGCAAUGAACACGAGCAGGGUAAAUUACAGGAUUUGUUUGCAGUUGCAACUGGUGCAAGGGUCAUGCUCAUACGUAAUGUUGAUCUGUCUGACAGCCUAGUAAAUGGUGUAAUGGGUACAGUUACAGGAUUUAUCAAAGACACAAAAAUAGAUGAAGUGAAAUUCAUAUUGGUGAAAUUCGAUGAUCCUCUGGUUGGAAAACAAAGACGCAAAAAUUUCAAAAUGUCUUUUGGAGAUUCAACUCCAAUUGAAAGAGAACAAACGAUAUUUACAACAGGGAAGCAUAACAAUGUUGAACAUUUAAAAACUCAAUUUCCUCUGAAUCUAUCAUUUGCUUGCACCAUCCACAAGACACAGGGAAUGACUACAGACAAAAUAGUAAUCUCUUUCGACGGGCCUUAUAGACCAGGCCAAGCAUAUGUAGCAUUGAAAUCAUGGCUAUCAAAAGAAGACAAGGAUGAAGUACUAGAUAUACCAGGCUUUCACUUGUUUAGAACAGACAGAGGAGACAGUUAUAGAAAUCAUGAAUGCUCCGAUGAAGUAUGCAAAAAAUGUAACCAUAAAGGAGUAAUUCCAAUAUACUACUCAGACCAUGACGCAAUUUAUUGUUGUAUUCCAAAGAAAGAAAGUUCUGUUCCCCCACAGGGGAAAAUAUGCAUUAUAAAUAAUGAACAAAACCGUUUUAGUAAAAUCAUAAAACCAGCAGAUACAACAACCACAACCAAUUUAACCAAAAAAACAAACGAAAAUGGAAAG